CAUCGGACCCAAGCCCACCCAGCAACGACCGACGGUCCACGGGAACGAAAGGAGAAGCAGGCGAGAGUUGUUGGCUAGGGUUUGGUCGCUUCUCCUCCUCUGCUGCUGUCCUCUCUCGGCGGUGCGGUUGGCGGCGAGGGAAGGAAGAUGUCGAAGAAGAACAAUCUCGCCAAGAGGAAGAAGCAGUACGAAUUCGACCUCAAGAGGGAGAAAGAGGCCAAGGAGAAGCAGGCCAAGAAGCUGCAAGCCAAGAAAUCCAAGAUGAAGGUACCAAUCCCGCUGCUAUGCGGCCUUCCAACUUCGCUCUUUAAGCAAGUUCUUCCUGCGAUGCCUCUGUUUGUGAAACUUGCACCUGGCGUUUCACCAGUAAGCUUGUUUACAACUGGAUAUAUAAUUAAUAGAGGUACAGAAGAAUAUUCUCACAAGGAGGCUAGUUAGCUGUCUGAUUUUGCUUGAAACUGACCAUGAUCAUGAGCAUUUGGGUCUCAGUGCUCCAGCUAUAGGUGCAUCUCACAAACGGUCAAACUAAACACGCAACAGCAGGUGUGUGAAAUGAUACAUGGAUUAUUCCUUUCUUAUGAGAUUCUUGGAAACAUUUACAGGUUAUACCAAUUUUAGUCUUUCCCAAGCCAUUUCCCUUAUUCUCAAAUCUGAAUGCAUAGUUGAGCAUUUGAUUUCUUCCUGGAUGCAUCAGUAAGGAACCAUGCCUUUUUAUCCCUCAACCUGUCCAAAGGAACAGGCUGGCAUUUUAUUAAAAUACCUGAGAAUUUACUUUUGAUGUUUUAUGAAAUAUCUUCACUGGUCACUGGGCAUGCUUUGGAAUUACAUACAUAGGUUUUGAUCAUGAACUAGGUUUCAUUUAUCUGCUAUUUAUUUUGAUAGGCCUGGUUUUACUGCCAUGAAUUAUGAAUAGUUCAGUAGUACUAGGGACUGAUGUUAUGUUUUUAGGUGGAUGAUAACAACCUUUACUGCUAAGUUCUUUCUAGGUGUUAUCUUGUUUGUGCUAUUCAGCAUUAUUUCCACUUUUUUUCCAUCUGAAGUUUACCUGUUAAUAAUUUGAAAUUCUUGUUGCCGAGUUCUUUGUGCCAGCUAUAUGAUUUUUAUGAAUUCUGGCUGCUUGGUUUUCUUUGGUCCUCAUAUGCCAUCUGAUAUGCUGCGACCAGGUUGCUUGUGCUAAUUUGUAGCUCCAGAGAAACAUUGCCGAUCUGCUGUCUUCUAAAACCAUAGCUGUAAUUCUUGGGUAGCACCCUGUGACAAUCUAUCAUCGAAGUUCAGAUUUAUGUGUGGCCAUCAUGAGAUAUGAUUAUCUAGUCAUUCUAAAUUUAUGCAGUGUUGGCUUAUCUUUUGUACUUCAGUUCCCCCCUUCCAGGUCCUCGAAUUUCACUGUGCUUGCUUGGAUUUGUACUGUUGCUUAUUUUAAGAUCUGGAGUCCUGGACUGCCCAAUUGUGCAUAUGUGUUAAUGUUGUUCUGUACUCUAUUU